CUUGCUGUGGUUAUUGUAUUGACCCCAGUCUGGCUAGGUACAUUGGGUACACCAACUGAAACUCGGUCAUCUCAACUCCUCACUCCCCCUCCUGAUCAUGUCCGCUAAAGCAUCGUCAUCCCCUAGAAUUCAUGUGGCCGCAUCCGAGGCUAAACGUCUUGUCCAAGACAUUCUCCGCGGAAACGGUGUGUCUCCAGCCCACGCCGCCCUCGUCGCCCGUUGCCUCGUAGCCGCCGACCUCCGCGGCGUAGACUCGCACGGCAUCAACCGCCUCCCGUCCUACGUGGCACGCAUCCGCCAAGGCGUCAUGAACCCGUCGGCACAGCCCGUCCUACGCCACGUAACGCCGGUAGUGGCGCACGUGGACGGCCAGAACGGCUUCGGCUUCGUAGCGGCGCAGCGGGGCAUGGCGGCGGCCAUCGAGGCGGCCCGCACGUACGGCAUCGGCAUGGCGAGCGUGUCGCGCUCUAACCACUUCGGCAUGAGCGCCUGGGUCGCGCAGCAGGCCGCCGACGCCGACAUGAUGAGCCUCGUCUUCACCAACUCGAGCCCCGCGCUGCCGGCCUGGGGCGGGAAGAGCAGGCUCAUGGGCGUGUCGCCCAUCGCGUGCGGCGCCCCCGGGAAGAGGACGGACAGGCCCUUCGUACUCGACAUGGCGCCGUCGGUUGCCGCGCGGGGCAAGAUCUACAAGGCGAUGCGGAGGGGGGAGACGAUCCCGCCGGACUGGGCACUGGAUGCCGAGGGCAAGCCGACGGACGAUCCCGCCGCGGCGCUCCGAGGCGUCAUGCUCCCCAUGGGGGGUCCCAAAGGUUCAGGCCUCGCCAUUAUGAUGGAUGUCUUCUCGGGAGUGUUAUCGGGGUCCGCAUUCGCAGGCCACGUCACGGGUCCCUACGACGCUUCCAAGCCCGCGGACGUCGGACAUUUCUUGGUGGCCAUCAAGCCAGACCUCUUCAUGAGUCUGGACGAGUUUCGGGACCGCAUGGCGUACCUGUACCAACGGGUGGUGGGGUCGGACAAGGCGGCCGGUGUGGACCGGAUUUAUUUCCCUGGUGAGAUUGAACAACUUACGCAGGAGGAACGAGAGAAGACGGGGAUACCCUUUGUCCAAGCAGAGAUUGAUGCUCUGAAUGAAGAAGCUGCAAGAGUGGGAGUAGACCAUGUAAGGGCAGUCUGAGAUGUCUCCAUCUCUUUGUUUUAUUAUUAUUAUUAUUAUUAUUCCUUGGAUAUGGACCCUACUUCAAGAGGUACAUAGUCACGUGGACAUAUCGGACUAGUGCCUCGGCCCAGCGGCAAACAGCGGGUCUUUUGAUGAGGGGCAGG